AUGUCUAAACCUAUUUCUACUGUUCACAUGUACUACUGGAUUGUUGCUGCUGCUGGCUCUUCAUUUGGUUCCAGCUGGGUUGCUGCGGUUUCUGCUCUGGUUUUUUAUGGCCACUCAGCUGGUUUUAUUGAUGGUUUGGCUGCUGUUGUGUUGUUGGACUACUGGCUUUCCAGCUGGAUUUCAGUUGCAUCGCAUGUUAUUUUCUGCGCCCUUCAGCGGGCUCUUGUUCUCCUUUCUUUUGGGCAUCUUGCAGCUGGUUUUCAGUUGGGUUCCUGGCAUCUCUUGCACUUUUCUGAUGGUACAUUUUCUGCCUUUAGGGUUUUCUUCGAAGAUGGCUCUCCAGAGACCUUUAUAGUCUUUCCAGCUGGUUACCAUGAAGUUUUUGUGCUUUCAGUUGCAACAAGAAGAGGUAGUAGAAAGAACAAAAAUAAUGAAGGAGGUAAGACAAACAUAGGGGAAGUUGAACAAAUGGUGACCAAUGAGGAAACACCCAAUGUCUUAAGAAAAGGGAAGGCAGCCAAUGAUGUUAUGGAUUCUGUUUUACUAGAAAAUAUUGUGAACCAGGGGCCAGCUCAGGGGGAAAUUUCUAAAGGGACUGCCUUGAGCUUGGAGGAGGAGGUCAAUACUGACACUCAGAAAUCUGUUGGCAGGGAUCAGAAUAGCUUAGAGAAUAGAGAGUUGUUAUGUGAUUUAAAUAAACAAUGUUCAUCUAUUGGGGAUUCCUUUUUUGUGGACUAUAACUACUCACCUGUAAGGGAUGUGAUGAUUGUUGUUGAUGAUGGUAGGGGAUUAAUUCAAAGAACUGAACCCCCUGACAAAGGUUACUGGUCGGAUAAGGGAAGCUCUUUGAGUGUAAACAAAUCCAAGCAGACUUUGGGGGAGGAUGUCAACGGGUCUAUUGAGCCAGAUGUGAACUCUCUUGAAGUUUAUUCUCAGGAGGUGGAAAAUGAAAAUAACAUGGGUGAGAUCAAUCUCUCUUCUUCUCAAUGA